ACUGGGCAGGCCAGUGUGCAUCACCGGCCCUCCUGGGGCGCUCCAUCUUCAGGAGUCGCCCGAUAACCGCACAAGGGGUGCACUGUCCGCGUCGGGAGCACGCCACGUGCCACCGCCAGAGGCGUGCCGACCACUGCCUGCGUCGUCGGGACACGCCCGCAUCCCACCGGCACAAUGACGGUCUUGAGCGGCGUCCUUUGGCUGCUGCUGCUUUCUUCAGUGGCAUCGGCCACUCCGUUCAGCAAUUGUGGGUUCACGGGCGCUCUGCUGGAUGUCAAGGUGGGCGACUGCGACCAUCUGCCUUGCGUUAUCAAGAGGGGCUCGACGGUGCCCAUGCAGGUGCGCUUCAAGGCAGUUCAGGAGAUUGUCAGCAUGAAAUCAAUGAUAUUUGGCCUUCUCGACAACAUCCCAAUACCACUGGAUUACGAUAAUCAGAUGUGCAGCCAGAUGCUCGCCGGCCGCUGCCCAGCCAAGGCGGGCCAGGAGCUGACGUAUGCCGUGGACCUGCCCGUCGCCGCCGACAUGCCGGCCGUCGGUAUCACGCUCGAGUGGCACAUCACCGACCAGCACGACGCCACGGUCCUCUGCGCCCUGGUGCCGGCACAGUUCACCUGAACAGGGCAGGGCGGCGGCGGCCGUGGACCGCGGGACCUGGCCCGUCUCGGCCGGCGGAGAGCCGACGAGGUCGCGGAGGACGUGAGGGUGC